AUGCGACAGAAAGGUUACUACAACAACGUCAAGUUCCAUCGAAUCAUAAAGGAUUUUAUAGUGCAAGGAGGUGAUCCAACCGGAACUGGGAGAGGCGGCGAAUCCAUCUAUGGUAAGCACUUUGAGGAUGAGAUAAGUAGAGAGUUGAAGCACACUGGAGCUGGUAUCAUAUCCAUGGCAAAUGCCGGUCCGAAUACGAACGGGAGCCAGUUCUUUAUAAUUCUGGCACCUGCACCCUCUCUGGAUGUUUGUUUGGAUUGUGAUAAUAUGUGCUCCAGUGGAACAUUAUUUUAUCAGCAACAACUUUUAUUUGGUGUGAAGUUAGGUUCUCUUGUAACCUUGGAAAGAAAUCUCAUCCGUCUAUUUCUGUUGACUUAUCGUGAUCGCUUGAUUGAUUUUUCUGAAGCUUUGGUCUGA